AUAACUUAGUAUACCUAACCGUCUCCCCACUAAACUCCAAUCUGCGGAUCGGAGGUGAGAAGAGGAGGGAGGAUCAAUCUGGUCUCUUUCCAGUUCUUGCACCCGCUCUUUUCGUCUGAUCCCUUGGUCUCGUAUUUUAUUCACUCGUUACUUCGUCCUUUUGGCACAUCAUCCCGCGGCCUCACCUUCUGCCGUUCCCUUUUUCUCCAGCUUCGAAUCAGAAGCUAGGCCAGGUCAUGAUCUGUGAAGCCUCCUCUUGACUCUUCCUAUAAUGGCCCCAGAUGCAGCGACUCUGCCGUCACCGCCAACUUUUGCGCCGGGGGAGAGUAUCAGCCGUCGUCCCCUCAGUAGCAUCGUUUCUGGUGGGAGGCAAAUUGAGGGACCUGGGCCGCAUCAGAACGGUAUCCCAUUACGGUUUCCGAAUAUUAAGGAUCUUCAGGAUAAAGCGGCUGCCUUGGAGGUAACUGAAUCUACACCGCUCAUUGAGUUGUUGACGACGGCACAAGACGCCAUCUCGAGAUUUAGAAGCUUUGCAGAAACCGAUCAACUCGGUAGCGCCUAUGUACAGUAUCUUCGCGCCUCCGAGAUUACCAUCAACCUCAUCCCGCACCACCCAGAUUAUCGGACCGCUACCAGCCAGAUUCCUGGAUGGCACAGACAAUUUUCAGAACUGAUAAUGGCCGUGCGAACCAAGCAGGGGACUAUGGACACAAUCAAGCAACAAAUUCUGGAGAAUAACCUCAUGACUAACGUGCAACCUGUCGGCGCUUCUUUGCCCAGCUCGCGGCGACCGGCACCUCAUGUGAUUCCUGCAGGGACUUUUCAAUCCACAUCUCUGCGUGGUCGUCAAAAUGAGACGGAAAACAGUUCUACACGAAUGCCUAGUCCUUCGGAUUUCCAGGCGUUCGACCUACAAGCGAAACCGCAGAGGUAUUCGACCCCUCCAGACGCACUUGCCCAGCGAUUCGCUCGGUUAAAGACGACAUCUCCCCCAACGAACGGGUUUAAUUCAACGCAUGAGGGCUUAAAUGACACCACUCAGAGAUAUAAUGAAAACCAGUCUCCUAUUCCCUCGUCGUAUACCUCUCCCGAGCCAUCACAUGGGUCGAUCCUGAAUUCUCCUCCCAGACGCCCCUUGGGACCGCGCAGUAUGGGGUCUCCUCAUAAUGUACCUACUUUGCCUCCUAAGAUUCCGAUCAAUACAGCACUUCCUCGUGCUCCAGACCCCGCCUACAGCCCAAUAUGGACGGUGCCUUCGCAACCUCCAUCAAACCCUCCGAGAACCUCCACUGAGAUCUGUCGUCCUAUAAACCCGAGAUACUCCCAGCUUGCUAACUCGCCCCGCGGAAGUCCAAGCCGCAAUGAUUUGGACGAUAAUCCUUAUAGGUCCCGGACUCCCAACGGCAUUCAUGUCAUGAAAGAGCCGAGUAGCUCAGCUGAUCUACCCCACAAUUCGACGAUUGGUGCACAGGAUCUGCUAGAGUAUCUGCGUCGAUAUAAUAUUUUGUUGAUUGAUGUGCGUCCUCGAGAUGAUUAUGACGGUGGUCAUAUAUAUGCGAAAUCAAUCAUAUGUAUAGAGCCCGUUGCACUGAAGGAAAACGUCUCUGCGGAAGAGCUUGAAGAGCGCCUGGUGGUCUCUCCUGAAUAUGAACAGGCACUGUUCGAGAGGCGCAAUGAGUUUGAUAUGAUCGUCUAUUAUGACCAAAGCACCAGCUCGAAUAGCUACCUCGCCGGCCCACCGGUGGGUACUACUGCACCCCAUCUCAGGGCUCUCUAUGAUACACUCUACGAAUUCAACGCCUAUAAACCUUUGAAGGAUGGACGGCCCCCUGCACUUCUGUUGGGUGGUCUUGAUGCGUGGAUUGACCUUUUGGGACAGCAGUCUCUUGCUACCUCUUCUACUGCCGCUGUAAUCGCAUCUAUUCAACCAAAGAGACCUGUUGUCAAACCGGGUCGCCCGCUGGGAAGAGUUCCCACAAUGGCCAGUGCCAACUCGAGCUUGGAGGUCCGAAAACGACGGCUCCGGAAACUUGAGCAAUUGAACCCCGAGGAACUCACGGAGUGGAUGGAGAAGUCAAAGACGGAAGAAAUUGACACUAGUGCCUACAUUGAAGAGGAGGAAGCCCUCGCGGAAGAGUCUGAGGAGGACCAGAGGGAAGCAGAAGUCCCGGCGGCACCGUUUGUGCGCUCGUACGAAGAUUUCCUACGACGGUUCCCCGAACCGCAUGCUAUUCAACAGUCAAUGGUAGCAACGGCGGUUCAGCCAUCCGCUCCAUAUCCAAACUAUGCCGCUCCCAUGCCUCUUGCCCCGUCACGACCUCCACCUGCAGUACCACGUCGGAGCUACAGUGGCGUUUCGGAUGGUCGACAGAUCCAACCUACCUUGGCCCGACAGACCUCGGCGACGAAGACGGCCCUGUACACGUCGAGUUCGAUAAUCAAUCGCCUCAAGCUUCCUCGAACGGGGCUGGCUAACUUUGGCGUGACAUGCUACCUGAAUUCGACGAUCCAAUGCUUAAGCGCCACGGUGAUGCUGAGCAAAUUCUUUAUCGACAACCGAUUUAGGUAUUAUGUGCAAAAGAAUUGGAAAGGGUCUCAGGGUGUGAUGCCUGGGUUGUACGCCAAUCUGAUCCGGUCGAUGUGGAAGAAUGAUGUGCAAGUGAUCAUGCCUACUUCCUUUCGGAAUUUUUGCGGGCGGCUGAACCAGGAGUGGGCAAUCGAUCGGCAGCAGGAUGCCAAGGAGUUUUUUGACUUUGUUGUCGAUUGUCUGCACGAGGAUCUCAAUAUCAACUGGCAGAGAACACCGCUUCGGCCGCUGACCUUUGAGGAGGAGAUGCAAAGGGAGAGAAUGCCUGUGUCCAAGGUCUCCAAGAUAGAAUGGGACCGGUACUGCCACCGCGAAGAAUCCUUUAUCUCGUCACUCUUUGCGGGACAGCAUGCCAGUCGACUGCGGUGUACAACCUGUAAACGGACGUCGACGACGUACGAGGCUUUCUACAGCAUCAGCGUGGAGAUCCCCGCCUCGGGGAAGGGCGACAUCUACCAGUGCCUGCAAAGCUACUGCAAGGAAGAGAUGCUGAGCGGCGACGAGGUGUGGAAAUGCCCGUUCUGCAAAUGUGAGCGGGUGGCGACCAAACAGAUCAUCGUCACCCGAGCCCCCCAGAUCUUAGUGAUCCACUUCAAGCGAUUCUCCGCCUCCAAAACGCAGAGCGCGCGCAAAAUCCACACGCCGAUUGACUUCCCUCUCCACGGGCUCCGAAUGGACGAUUUCGUGUUCUCGCCGCCGGGCGGCCAGGUUGCCGUCCGCGAGACGCAGAACACAGGGUUGCAGGAUACAACCUCUGCGACGGAUCCUCCUUUCACGUACGAUGCAUACGGGGUUUUACGACACCUUGGGUCGUCGAUGGGGAGCGGCCACUAUAUCUCUCUCGUGCGGGAUGCAUCACGGCAAUGCUGGCGGAAGUUUGACGACGGGCGCGCAACGGAUUUUAAGCCGCGUGAUCUAUCAUUCAAGGAUCGGUUGCAGAACGAGCAAGCGUAUAUUGUAUUUUAUGAGCGAGUUCCUGCGAAGUAAGAGCAAAAAACCCCCCCCCCCCCC